CAUAGAUCGGCGUGGAAGUUUGAACCGGCUUGGGGAUACCGCAGAGUUAAAUGCGUUUCAAGUCAGCAGAUUUCUUUUUUUUUUAACAUUAUCAUAGUGUUCAUAAUUUCAUCCAAAGACCGUGUUUCGCGCGAGGCAAUCCCACUCUCCGCAGACUCCCAAUUGACAAAGUGGAAAAGUAGUCGGGAAUCGCGGAUUGGUCGCCUGGCAACCAAUAAACUCGAGGCUCCGACGCGCAUUCCCGUCGCGGAAUCGGGAUAAAAAGUUUGAGGGGGUUGUUUGAGCAAAGUUUUGCGCCUCGGAGGGAGGGUGUAAAUAAUAACGAUUACCGUAAAGGGGGGGAAAAUGACCGACGCAGAAGUACAAGGAGCUCCGCUGUCAGCGCCGGUGACCGAGCAAUCACAGCCGGAGAGAAGAGUGAUUGCUACUUUGGUGCAAGGAACCGUGAAAUGGUUUAAUGUGCGAAAUGGAUAUGGCUUUAUCAACAGAAAUGAUACCAAAGAGGAUGUUUUUGUCCACCAGACUGCUAUUAAGAAGAAUAACCCUAGAAAAUUCCUUAGGAGUGUGGGGGAUGGGGAGAUUGUUGAGUUUGACGUGGUUGAGGCUGCCAAGGGCUCAGAAGCUGCCAACGUGACGGGCCCAGGUGGAGUGCCAGUCAAAGGGAGCCGCUAUGCCCCCAACAAGCGCAGGUUCCGCAGGCGUUUCUUCCCGCGCGGCGCCCGACCCUUGUCGUCCGAAGGGAGGCCUGAGGAGGCUUCCACUGGCCCUGCCUCUGAGGGGGAGGGGGUUGGAGAAGAUGGGGUGCCCAAGCCAGGGUCACGUCGCCGUCGGCAGCGCAGGCCAAUGGAUGCGCAGCCAGGCGAGGGACAAGUGGGUGAGCAGAAGAGUGAAAUGGUGGAUGGUGUUCAACAGAGGCCACCACCACCACGUAGGUUCAGACCGCGAUACCGAAGGCCAUUCCGUCCUCGUCCUCCAGCUGGAGAGGUUCAGCCAGUGGCAACAUCUGCAGAGGGCCAGAAGGAGGCUCUCAAAGAGGUCCAGGACGGUGGAGAGCGGGGUGAUUCACAGGCCCAGAAGCCCCGCCGACAGUUCAGCCGACGCAGACAAAGGAACUCUGACUCCACUGCCUCUAAAGAUGAUGCAGAAAAGUCUGACAAAGCAGAAGCUACCUCCCCGUCUCAGUCUUCGAAGCCCACUGAUGUCAAAUCCUCCCCAAAGUCCUCCCCGAAACAACAGUCCCAGAAAGCCUCCCCCAAAACAGUGGAGGACCCUGAAGCAACUGUUGCUACAUCUGUGGAGUGACUGCCAUGAUCUGGAAGGAAUCAAAUUACCCCGGCAAGAGGUGGGGACUCCUUGAGAUAAACGGAUGUUAUUUCAAGGGAGGGCAGUACAGCUGUAGCUAAAAUGCACUGGAUGGUUUAAGAGUACAUGUCCAGUUCUCUUGAUCAUCUUUUUUUUUUUUUUUUUUCUUUUUAAUUCCACCCCCCCCCCUUAAGUGUGAUCUCAAACAUUAAAAUUAAUUCCAAAUUUCUUCACUAAUAUAAUAAAGCUAUUUGUUUAACAGAUGAGCCUGAUUUCAGAAGUUAAUUAGUCGUUCCUUUUUAAAUAUAAGAAUUUGACAUUAGAAAAUCGACCCAAAUUUAAAACUCUGAAGCCACUAAAUUUGUAAAAGUGGUUUAAUUUGUCAUUAAGGUGAUGAGUAUGUCUCACACUGAAAUUUGUGGCUGAAUUAUUAAAGCUUUCCUACCCUUAUUGUGGUGUGACAAAGUAAAUGCACCCCUGAGAAGUUAUAAAUUUGAGCCUCAGCCCAUACAUUGCAGUAAGGUAACCCAUCAAUAUGUACAAAUCUAAAAUUAUAGAAAAUAUGUAUUCAGACAGAAAAUGACAUUUGU